AUGACAAGGAGGUCCAAGAUGGCAGUGCUCUCUAAAGCCUAUGGCCCUGUGUUCACUCUGUAUUUGGGCAGGCAGCCCACUGUGGUGCUGCAUGGUUAUGAGACAGUGAAGGAAGCUCUGAUUGAUCAUGGGGAGGAAUUUGCUGGAAGAGGAAGUUACCCAGUUGUUGAUAAAGACCUACUUUUCAGUAUCUAUGCCCAUUUUCUUUUAGGCAUUGUAUUUUACAAUGGAGAUGUAUGGAGAGACACAAGGCGCUUUUCACUCAUGACCCUGCGGAAAUUGGGCAUGGGAAAAAGGAGCAUUGAGGACCGUGUUCAAGAGGAAGCACAGUGUCUUGUGAAGGAACUGAAGAAAACCAAUGGCUUACCCUGUGAUCCCACCUUCAUCCUGGGCUGUGCUCCUUGCAAUGUCAUCUGCUCCAUUAUUUUCCAGAAUCGUUUUGAUUAUAAAGAGCAGGAUUUUCUUAACUUGAUGGAAAAACUGAAUGAGAACACGAAGAUCCUGAGCUCCCCCUGGUUGCAGGUUUGCAAUACUUUCCCAGCUCUGCUUGAUUAUUGUCCAGGAAGUCAUAAUACAUUUUUUAAAAACUAUGCUUGUAUUAAAAAUUACCUUUUGGAGAAAAUAAAACAACAUGAAGAAUCAUUGGAUGUUACAAAUCCUCGGGACUUCAUUGAUUAUUACCUAAUUAAAGGAAGGCAGGAAAACUGCAAUCAAAAGUUGGACAAUAUACUUGAACACCUGGCAAUAACAGCUACUGACCUAUUUAUUGCUGGAACAGAGACAACAAGCACAACACUGAGAUAUGCUCUCCUGUUCCUUUUGAAGUACCCACAAGUCACAGCUAAAUUCCAGGAAGAGAUUGAUCGUGUUGUGGGCAGGCACCGUAGCCCCUGCAUGCAGGACAGGAACUGCAUGCCCUACACAGAUGCCAUGAUUCAUGACGUCCAGAGAUUCAUUGACCUUUUCCCUACCAGCCUGCCCCAUACAGUGACCUGUGACAUUAAAUUCAGGAACUACUUCAUCCCCAAGGGAACAAAAAUAUUAACUUCAUUGUCAUCAGUACUGCAUGACAGCAAGGAAUUCCCCCAUCCAGAGAUGUUUGACCCUGGACACUUUUUAGAUGCGAAAGGAAACUUUAAGAAAAGUGACCACUUUGUGCCUUUCUCAACAGGAAAACGGAUGUGUGCAGGAGAGGGACUGGCCCGCAUGGAGUUGUUUCUAUUUCUGACCACCAUUUUACAGAACUUCAAACUGAAAUCUCUGGUUCAUCCGAAGGACAUUGAUACAACCCCAGUGCUUUGUGGAUUGGCUUCAGUUCCUCCCCCUUUCCAGCUCUGCUUCAUUCCUAUCUAAUAACCAUCAUAUGCAUGGCUCUUGCUAUGUUGUCUUCUAAAAUUAUACACAAAGUCUACAUUUACCACUUUCUUAGCAGGGUCACUGAGUUCUUCCCUCUUCUCACAACUUUCAUUCUGUCAUUGGUCAGGGAUAUCUACAGUUCUACAUUUUGAAGUCUCUGAAGUCAUUGCCUGAAUAUAUCCGCCAGUCUACUUUCUGUAACCUUGCUACCAUUUCUUGUACUCACAUGCAUCCAAACCUAAGUAGUUAAUGUAGCUUCUAUGUAAAAU